GACCGACCUCUCGCCGCCUCCGGCGUCGCCGACGCGAUGCCUCCGCUCCCCAGGCUCCUCCACCGCCACCUCGCCCUCCCGCUGGCCCGCCGCCACUCCCCUCUCCACCCGUGGCCGCCCGCGGCCGACGCCUUCCUCUCUCGCGGGCUCGCCUCCUCCUCCUCCUCCGCCGCCGCCGCAGCUGCCGCGGCGGGCCGGGAGAAGAGCUCUAGGAGGACCCUGGGGUAUCUUCUCGGCGUGGCGGCCGCUAUGGUCGGCGCCUCCUACGCCGCCGUCCCGCUCUACCGCCGGUUCUGCCAGGCGACGGGAUACGGCGGCACCGUUCAGCGCCGCGAGAGUGUAGAGGAGAAGAUCUCCCGGCAUACUCGAGAAGGAACCACACCACAAAGGGAGAUAAUUAUCCAAUUUAAUGCUGAUGUUGCUGAUGGAAUGCCUUGGAAGUUCAUUCCUACACAGAGAGAGGUGAAGGUUAAACCUGGUGAAAGUGCUCUUGCAUUUUAUACUGCUGAGAACCGCAGUUCAGCUCCAAUUACUGGUGUGUCCACGUAUAAUGUUGCUCCAAUGAAGGCCGCGAUCUACUUCAAUAAAAUACAAUGUUUCUGCUUUGAGGAGCAAACACUUCUUCCAGGGGAGCAGAUUGACAUGCCGGUAUUCUUCUACAUUGAUCCUGAGUUUGAGACAGACCCCAAAAUGGACGGGGUAAACAACAUAGUUCUUUCCUAUACAUUCUUCAAGGUGAAAGAGUAGAAAUAACUUUUAAGUGAUCUGUAACAUUAAUUCUAUUAAAACCCUCACGCAAUUCAUGCGCUUCAAAAUUCUUUCAUGUAACACCAAGAGUAAAAGGUUAGGUUCUCUAUGUAGCUAGAUCACAUGGUUUGUGAAAGUCUUUUUUUGCAAAUAAUAAGAGUUGUUCCGAUGCAAUCAAAGUGGAAAUACAUAUUUGGUUUGAUCUUAA